GAUGUGCCGAGGACGGAGGCGGGCCGCUAGCGGCCGACCCCGGAGGCCCUGAAAUUCGGGACCUGCAGACUGGCGUCACCGCUCUUCGCGCGUGCGCGAGCUGAAGAAGUGUGCGACACCUGACCACGUCCUUCCUCGCACCACCUCCUCUCCAAAUCCGCUACCAUUUUGGGCCCCUCAAGCGACGACGCGAUGCUUCUGGAUACCGUGUCAACAUCGCUAUACACCGCCAACAUCAGAUAACACACGCGGACCGCAAAUAUGCCGCCAGCGAAAUCCCGCCUCGUACACGAAGACUCGCGAUCUGAGAGCUCGACUGUAAGAGAGAGACAAAUCGCGGCCGCCGCGCACGCGAGGAGGAGCAAGAAUGCCGCGGCUGCACAGCGUAAUGGGACGGGUCUGAAGGAUUUGGCACUUGCGAGCAUACACCCUGGUGACCUAAGUGUCGUCGCACCAGAAGGAGGCAUGCAAUGGAACACCAUGCCCCGCCAAUUCCUCGAAACCUAUCGAGUCGCGCACAACCUGCCCACUUCAGCCUCCUUCAAAUCGCCUCUGAACCAGGCACUCCUCACAAAUCACGGCAUCGGCCGACAGAGUCCGAGCAUGGCGCGGAAGAAAGAGCAGAGAAGAAUAGCAAAAGACCAGCUUGCGACGACGGUGAGGAAGCAUUUCAACGGAGCGGCGGUCAGCGAGACGGACGUGGUUGUUGCUGUGCUGUACAAAGCGCGAAAUUCAGGCAAAUCGUUCCGCAUGAGAUCUGUUCCUGGGGGCGUCAAGAAGGCUUGAUGGGCCUGAAUGCAUAAUGAGGGUGGGGUGUCCAUAUUCUCGGCGCUGGAUCAUGAGGUGGCUUUCGGUUUCGCAGCGGCGUUUCGAGGCUCUUGCGACAACUCGUCGACGUUGAGUGCAUAGUUCAGUCUUGCAUAUUGCUUCUGGUGUGUUCAUCGCUGUUCAAAUCUUCUAGAGAACACGGGAGCGCUCGCGUGACCAUUCUCCCUGGUGUUCUCGGCGUUACGCCUCUCCACUCGACCGUCGGAAUGAGCCGAUGUACACACGGCUACGGCGAGACAGUAGUAUACGCCAAAGAUUGAUUUGCAACAGUCGACCAGCGAACUCCCAAUUCUGCCUGGGGAAAGGCAGCAGGCCAUCUCGUCCUAUUCCUCGAGGCUCACAACGAGGCUCCACUUGAUUGGCUCGUUCGAGAAGGUUCCCGAAAGUUUAAAGUUUUUGAGAUGACCUUUCGGGAGAUGCAGCCCUCAGGUUCAACUUUUCCGCAUAGC